AAGUCAUAGCUUCCUGGUUAGGCACGCGGGAAUCUGUUAAAUACCUUCCAAAAUAAACACUUCCUCAUCUCUUACACCUACGAUGAUGAAAAAUCAAAAUGAGUGACGUGGAAGAUAACAAGUAUAGUGUACUUUAGAUGUUUAAAGACAGAGAAGAAGAUGUCCCCUGAACUCGUGUCUGCUAUUGUGAUUGCGGUUCUAGCGGUUCUGCUAUGUAUAGGUGUUAUUAUUUUUCUGAUAUUUCUCUGCUCUAAGAUUUAUCAGAACCAUCAAAGGUUAAAUGAUCUUGAAGAACAAGUAGAAAAAUUAAAACAAUCACAAGGUAAUACCACACAAGAUGCAUUAACUAUUGAGAAUGAAUCUAAAUUGAGACAUAAGGAGCAGGAACACGACAGUGCAAUAGAAAUCCGAGGUGGUUCUGUUGACAGUUCAGACAAUGCUCAGGCUACUAGCGGCCAUUCAAGUUUUUCUAGUUUCACAGGCCCACGGUAUACAAUCAAAAUAAGGAAAGAAACUGCAAAAUUUGUUCGGAAAGAAAUCACAAAUGUAUAUGGCAAUGUUCUUCCUGAUUCGCAAGUUGUUGCAAUUGCUCAGCGUUAUUACCAAGAGAAAACAAACUCGUCAGACCUUGUUGGAAUUGAUGAUAUGGAUAUUACUAAUCAGAAAGAACAGAAAGAAAUUAUAAAUACUAGACAGAGUGCUAUAUUUGAAGGCCGGCCUACUUCAAUGAUGAUAGAUCUUGAUGACCUUCCAGAUAGCAAUAAGUUAAAUGAGCAGGGAGUGUUUGUGCAUAAGAUGGUGAAUAAAUCUGGUGGUGAUCUUCAACUUCUGGGAAUUAAACUCGAAAUUCCUGAUGGAGCAUUGAAAAAUAAUACUCAAAUUACUCUAGGUAUUACAUGGGAUAUUUCUGUGUACCCUAAACUCACAAAAUCACAAUCCUUGCUGAGCCCUGUUGUUGUCUGUCAGCCAUCAGUAAAAUUUGCUAAGCCAGUACGUUUAUCUUUUCCUCAUUGUGCUAUUAACCAUGAGUUGCAUUGGAAGUUAACAGUUCUUUGUAAUGAAAGUAAUCUGCAUGACAAUGACAGUGCAUGGAAUGAAAUACAACAAAAUGGCGUCCAUAAAAUUGAAAUUACGGAGCAUCACGUGGUUCUUUUUCUAAAACAUUUUACUUUGUACACACUUGCUGGAGAGAGCGUCGAAGGCAAAACUGCAGUCAAGGCAGUAAAAUUGCUAGCAUUUACAUCUCGUUUUCAAAUGGACCAAAUGUUUACAGUUAGAAUCUAUUGCAUCAAUAAUUAUAUUGACGAGUCUUCUCCUGAAAUGAUGAAUAUAAUCAAAGCUACAAAAGAUAUGAAAGAAGCCGAUGCACCACAACCCUUGUUCUUACAUGACAAUGGUGAAGAUGUCGUUGUCGAACUGGCAAAACUGUCCAACGGCUGGGAAAAUGACGGACUUACCCGUCAGACAAUAGAUUUUGAGAGUAUUUGGCACUGUUUAGCUCCAAACUGCAAAUAUCUGUUUCAUCCAAAAGAAAUGUCAGCUUCGAAAAUAGUGUGUGAUUUUACUUAUUAUCAGCCUAAUAAUCAAGGACCUCCACCAAAGAAAAGAACGUUAAAAAUAGCCGAUCAAUACACCGAUCGAUCAUCCUUAGCCCUGAAAAGAAAUCUAACUAAGGAUAGAAAACAGAUGAAAAGCUUGAUUUUAAAACUAGAUCCCAAAUCAGAUAAGGAUUAUACAAUGUUAGCAGAGAAAAUUGGCUAUCAACCGGAGGAAAUAAGAUGGCUAGAAGAACAAAAAGGUCACAAGAGUCCUACUGAAAUAUUGCUGCAAAAGUGGAUAGACGAUGGGCAUCAACUGAUAGACUUGGAACAUUAUUUGUCAGAGAUGGAACGAGAAGAUUGUGUUUCUGUUCUAUCAGGUGAUGGAGCACAACAUAAACAAUAAAUUACAAAAAAACAACGUUGUUUUGGGCUUUAAACCAAUGUUUCCAAUUCAUUGAUUUAGCGGUAGGUAUUUCCCAUUAUGGGUUACCAAGAUUCUUCCUCUUACGGGACAUAUCAUUGGCUACGCUUGGUGAUAAAAUUCAAUGACUCGUGUUGCGAAAGUGCUGCGCUCUCUACACGUAAACAAAAACCCCAUGAAACAAAUUUUUGACAAUUGAACAUACCGUCAUUGGUCAAGUGGAAGUCCAAAUUCCCGUGCUUCAUCCUAGUAGGCUCACUUAGCCUAUCUCUUAUGUUUAUGUUAUGAUUAAGAAUGAAUUUAUUAUCGACCAUGAUAUAUUUGCCACUGGACCCCAGAGAACAAUAAUCUAUUAAGUUCACUGCAUGUCCGUCGCCGACUCGCAGAUUAAAUUGAGAAGUGUUUCUGACAGUAUCAUGAUUAUAACCUACACACCGUCUCCAGUCACCAACAAAUGUGUGAUUAUUUUUAUUACAUAUAUAUUUGUUUUGUUACAUUUUGUAACAUUCUCAUUAAGAUGUUUGUACUUUUUUUUUCAAAGUUACAAAGCGUCAACAAAAGAUGUAUGAAUAUAUGAUAUACUUCAAUAAUAUGAAUGUUUGUUAACUUUUAAUUUUGUAUAUAGUCAAAAUAUUGUUUUGUAUGUCAUUUAUGUCUUGAUAACCAUCCAAUGUUUGGAUUUUACGCCAAUAUAUAAUUUGAUUUGAUUUGACUUUGAUUCCAGUCAGAUUAUAAUAUGAAAAUUUUGGAACACAAAAAGUAGUAAAUUAGAUACUCAUUUCAAACUAAAAACUUGUUUUCUAAAGAAAUUUAUCUACUUUAAACAAUUUUCGAUUAAGAAGUGCCAUAUGUAAAAUCAGAAUCAGUGCUCAUGAUCUCCAAAUAUAAGGGACCGGUAUAAAACUCUAUACACAGUAAGAGAUCAGGGGCUUUGGAAGAAAUGUACCCCUAAUUUGGUUGAAUAUGAACAUUUUUUACUAGUUGUUCAGCAUACAAUGACGAUAGGGAGAUAUAUUUCAAGGAAAUAAACAUUAUUUGUCAUAAUUUUUUCAGAUCUCUCAAAUGAGGCAAAAUUUGUUUGGUUAUGUACUAAUGAAAAUUUUUCUGUCCUAGGGAAUUAUGUUAUGAUUAAAUUUUUAGAUGUUAGACGAAACGUGAAUUAAUAUAUGAUAUAACGAUGAUUAUUGUAAUGAUAUUAUGAGUCUGGUCCUGCUUGGAAUAAACUGUACAUGAUUUAUACAAGUUGCAGAAAUAUAUGUUGCUCUUUAACUAAAAAAGUUUUUUGUUACAUAUAUCAUCCUUUUAUGUGUAUAAAUGUCAUACUGUCCAUCAAGGGCCCUUAAAUGUAACAAUAAAUAUUCUUAUUCUUA